GAGUAGAGUAGAGUAUUCCAAAGACAGAGAGCAAAGACUCGAGCAAGCAAAGCGUCCAAACCAACCAAUAACCUCAAAGACAGGUGCCCCCUCGAAGUAGCCGUGAAAUGCCAUAAAGUCACCCAAGUCUUCCAUCAUCAACCAGGGCCUUCCUUCCCUUCUCUCCUCUCUCUCACUCCCACCGCUCUCUGAUCAACCGCUUCGACUUCACCGGAUCGGGAUAACUGGCUUUCCUGAUAAUGGAGCACGAGGGCAGUGAAAUGGACUACACUUUCGAUGAUGACUCCUGUGAGAUGAUUACUUGGGGUGAGUUCUGCGUGACUGAUUCUGAUGACGGAAGCUUUUCUAGAGAAAGUGAACCUCACAGGGAUGGAGUCGAGUGUACAGAGUCUUCAGACAUGGAGAAUGAUGGCGGGUUGGACGUGGGCAAUGAAAUGGAAUGCAGCGAUGGUGGCUCCUCUUUGUCUGAGAAGGUUAACUGGGAGAAGCUCCGCCUGACUGAUUCUGAUGGAGAAGACUCUUCUGAGAAGGUUGAUUGGGAAAAGUUGUGUUUAACUGAUUCUGAUCGAGAAGGCUCUUCCUCAGAAAAUAAACCUUUGAAGAAUGGAAAGGAGGAAAGAUUCCAAGUUAGGUCUCCUACUUAUCAGAAACAAAGGUCAGACGUGUUCAGAAUGCCCAUGCAUAUCAAGCGUAAGGAGGACUUGGAAGUUAAAGAUGUGGUGAAGGAGCAUGCCCUUCCUUUCCUUCCUGCCAAAUCACUCAUGCGGUUCAAAGCCGUCUCCAAGGACUGGGAUAGCUGGAUCAGUAGUCCCUUCUUAGCACACAAGCAAAGCUAUCUCUUUCAAGAUGUGUCUGGGUUCUUUUGUCAGCUUGAUAACUCAGAUCCCAUUUUCAUGGCACUUGAUCAAUCUGCUUAUGGGGUUCCUAGCCCUCACCUUGGUUUCUUGCCAGAAUCCGUCUUGAUCAGAAGCUCCUGCAAUGGCCUGCUUCUAUGCCAAGGCUGUUUUGGAGAAAAUGUAUACUAUAUCUGCAACCCUGCAACCAAGGAAUGGAAAAUGCUUCCUCAGCCAAGCUUUUACCAUGGAUCUGCACCAGCUAUAGUGCUUGCCUUUGAACCUUCAGUGCUCAACAUUGCAGCACAUUUUGAGGUUAUAUGUGCCUUCACUUUAAUGGACGUGCCCUUAGUUUGUUUUGAAAUUUACUCUUCAGAGACAAAAUCUUGGAGAUGCCCUGCAGAAAAUGUUGUCGAGCUGGGAAAUUCAGCUUUGAAAGGCGGUUUCUACAUGAACAGAGUAACUUACUGGGAAACAACAUCAGGUAACAUACUGGCCUUUGAUAUGAAAAAUGAAGUUUGUGGGACUCUGCCUCUUCCUCCAGGCAGCAAUGCAGUAGAAGGUGUUCUAACUCAAAUGCGAGGCGAGUUGUGUUACAUCCAGGCACAGUAUCAAAAUAGAGGCAUCUACAGCAUUGGCAUCCAUGGAGGAAUGGACAUGAGCCUGAAGCAGAGCAUCGUUCUCGGCCUUGAACAUCCUGACAUGGUGACUCGAACCUGCCGGGUUUUGCCCUGUGUUGACAGUGACACUUUGAUGAUUUUAGUCGGCAGUGUCGUAUACUCAUACAAUGUGAGAGAUCAAAAGGCUAAGGUUGUUAGCAGGGAAGGACAUUUCAGAGCAAGGUACCUGCCAUACGUGAACAGCCUCGUAUCUGUGGCGCCCGAAUGAUACGUUUCUCAUAUCUCCUUGAUGUUCAUCAUGUGCUUCUUCCCAAGUUUUUGUUUCAAAGUUGACUUAGCUACUAUAUAUAUUGUCUUCUGAUUAACUGGGACAUGUUUGAACCAUAAUCUUUUACCAGUGCUGUACAUAUUUACCAUAUAAGAUCCUAUGUGUUUUUAAAUGCAGAUGAUGUUUUA